GACGUGUACAACGGAACCCACGUGGUUUACGUUUUCCACACACAUGCAGCGGCUUGAAAUGACUUCCGGUUACCAGCGUGUCGUUUUUAUUCGAGCUUAAAGAUAACUUCCUAAUUAAAAAGAACCAUGGCAGGCAGACCGGAGUUGAAGAUAAACUCCGGGUUUGCUCAGAAGUAUGACAAAUACCGACAGAAAGAGGAGCUGCAGAGACUAAAGGACAAAUAUGGAGACCAAGCGGAUGACUCUGAGUCUGAGUCCAGCUCUGAUGACAGUGAAGUGGAGCUGGACCCUGCAGUGGAGCGGGACUUUUACAGAACAUUGUCCCUGCUGAAGAAGAAAGACCCCAAAAUCUACCAGGAAGACGCCACGUUCUACUCUGAGGGUCCAUCCAUCAGUGAUGAGAAGGCUUCCACAUCAAAGAAAGCCGUGAAGCCGAUGUUCCUGAAGGACUACGAGCGUAAAGUCAUACUGGAGAAGGAGGGCAAAUACGAGGACGAUGACGACAGUGAUGAUGAAGAGGCUGCAAGGAGAAUGGACGAGAGAGCGUCCUCUCCGAGCUACAUCCAGGAGCAGCGGCAGCUCAGAGACAGCUUCCGUAAGUUCAUCCAGGACAGCGAUGAAGAGGAGGAGGUCCCCGAGAGAGAGGGAGGAUCAGAGCUGCUGACCCGGAGGAUCAAAUCUCAGGACGAGGAGGAGAAAGAGGAGAAAGACUUUGUGGAGUGGCUGAAAGACAAGACUGACCUCGAGGGACCGGAGGAGGUGAAGGACUUGAAAUACUUAAGGGACUACUGGAAUGACCCGGAGUUGGACGAUAAGGAAUGUUUCCUGAGAGACUACGUCCUCAACAAGGGCUACAAGGAGGAAGAUGAGGGCGAUGAUGAGCGGAUCCCGACCUACGAGGAGGUGUUGCAGGAUGACGUGGAGGACUCUGAGGAGGAAGGCGAAUCUUUCCUGGAGCGUCAGGAGGACUUUGAGAGGAAAUACAACUUCCGCUACGAAGAGCCGGACGCAGCGCGGGUCAAAACGUACCCGCGAAGCAUCGCCACCUCCGUGAGGACCAAGGACGACAGCAGGAAACUCAAAAGGGACGAAGUGAAGGAGAGGAAGCAAAAGGAGAAGGAGCAGAAGCAGGAGCAGCUGAAGCAGCUGAAGAACCUGAAGCGCAGUGAGAUCAUGGAGAAGCUGAAGAAGCUGCAGGAGCUGACGGGCAACGAGCAGCUGGCCUUCAGUCACAACGACCUGAAGGGGGACUUUGAUCCGGGGCAGCACGACCAGCUCAUGCAGAAGUUCUUCGGGGAUGAGUACUACGGAGGAGCAGAGGACGAGAAGCCUCAGUUUGAAGCCGAUGAGGAACUUGAGGAACACUGGAACUGGGACACAUGGACUGGGGAGGAAAGAGAAAAGGAUGGUGAAGAGGAAGGAGAGUAUAACGCCUCUGGGCCGCACUGCGACGAUGACAACUUCAUUAUGGAUGCAGACUACGACCCCAGCCAGCAGACGGCCUCCAAGAAGAAAAAGAAGAAGGAGAGGAAGACGAUGAAGAAAGAGGAUUUGCCACAAUCGGGCAAAAAGAGGAGAAAGUCUCACUUUGCAGAAGUCAUCACGCAGAACAAGCCGGUGUUUGACCCUCAGUCUAAGAGCUUCGAGCAGUACCUGGAUGAAUACUAUAAGCUGGACUACGAGGACAUCAUCGACGACCUCCCCUGCAGGUUCCGCUACAGACAGGUGCUGCCCAACGACUUCGGCCUGAGCACGGAGGAGAUUCUACAUGCUGACGAUACGGAGCUGAACCAGUGGGCGUCUCUGAAGAAGACGUGCAUGUUCAGGUCUGACAAGGAGGAGUCGAGUGAUUUACAUAACUAUAAGAUCAAGGCCAAGAAUGUGAAGAGGAAAAAAGAAAUCCUGAGCUCCAUCUAUUCUGAGGACGCUAAAGAGCUGGAGGACGCUAAAAACAAGGUCGGGAAGAAGAGAACGGAUCAUCUGAAGAACCAAAAUGGAGAGUCCACCUCCAUCAUGGACUCCACCGAGGAGACUCUUGUAACUCUCAAAGAAGCAGGAGACAACAACGAAGAAGAAGAGGAGGUUCUGAUCCCCAAGAUGAAGCAGGACGAGGAGAGUGAGGUCGCCGCUGCAGAGAAACCUGUGGAGGUGAGGAACAGGACUGAGAGGACAAAAUGGCCGAAGGCGAAGCUGAAAUCCUCCGCAGGACGGCGCCCCUCAUCGGGAGGAUUAGCCGGGGUGAGGAUCGGAGGACGAGAGUUCAGCCAACAGAGACUGAAGGCGUACGGCCUGAACCCCAAGAGACUGUUCUUCAGACAGCUCGGCCGGCAGAGACGCAAAGACCAGGAGAAGAUGGACAAGCAGAAAAACAAGGAGUGAGACGCCAUCUUAGAAAUAUCCCAACAGUACAGUCUUGUGCUCUCAGCGUUGAAGACAUUUCACACCCUCAAAAUGUCCGAAUCGUAAAAAAAAUUACUACAUCUUUUGACAUAACCGUUUGUUUAGGCUUACAGUUAAAUAAACAAUUUAAAGUGAUUCCUCUCGCUGCAUUGUGUUUAGAUACCUGCAGAUAACGUUUGCAGUGACAUUUUGUUUCUGGAAAUGACACAACUUGGUUUGAAAAGAUAUGAGACUUAUGUAUCUUUUUCCCAACAACUCCCUGGCUGUUGUGUCUUCUUAUAGCUGAUUAAAGCAGAUGUGUGAUCCAUCA